AUGAGGUUCAGCUCCCUCACGCGCGUCGACGAGGAGCUUAGGACCAAGGCAGCUGAGGUGGACGCCGAACAGGCGAAGGCUGGGAAGAAAACCUAUGACAGUGAGGAUGUCAGCCAUCGACCAGGCAUUUGCGCGCGGAUUGUGGGAUCUCCCUUGUUCGACAUCAUCUUUGCAUGCUUGAUUCUGACCAACGCGGUGUUCAUUGGGGUCGAAGUGCAGUACGGGCUGGACAAUGGCGAAGACCACUGGGUGUUCCAGGCAGGCCGAAACAUCUACACGGUGCUGUUCAGCUUCGAGCUCUUCGUUCGCUUGGGAGCACAGCGAAAAGACUUCUUCUGUGGUGAGGACCGGAGGUGGAACUGCCUUGACUCCGUCAUCGUUUUUGCCUCGUGGUGGGAGGUCGCCGUGGAAAUUCAGCUGUUGCUGAGCCCGGAUGGUACUGAUAGUACCUUCGCCGGGAUCACCGGCAUACGUACGCUCCGGAUCAUCCGCAUCACGCGGCUGGUGAAAGUUGCGCGCCUGGCGCGGGUUCUCCGCUUCGUCAUGGCCCUACGGACGCUGACGCAGUCCAUCCUCUACACCCUGAAGUCCUUGAUUUGGGCCAUGGUUCUGCUUCUGCUCAUCGUGUACAGCUUCGGGAUUCUCUUUACCCAAGUGGUGAACGAUGCGUUUGAGAGUGAGGAGGUCAACCUCAGCGAAUUCGAAAGGGAGAUGGGGCUGCGCUACUUUGGGAACCUCUGGAGAGCCAUGACGGCCCUCUACAUGAGCAUCGCCGGAGGCGUUAGCUGGGAGCAGGUGCUGGAUCCCCUGCAGGCGAUCAGCUGGGUGUGGGUACUGAUGUACAUCUUCUACAUUGCCUUCUCGUCGCUGGCCGUUUUAAACGUGGUGACGGGCGUCUUCUGUCAAAGUGCUAUUGAGAGCGCCCAAAGCGAUCACGACAUGGUGAUCCAGUCCAUCUUGAACAACAAGGAAGCCCACAUCGAGAAGAUCAAGAUGUUGUUCACAGAGAUCGAUGCCGCGGAAAGCGGGGUCAUUACCUUCCAGAUGUUUCAGGAGAGGAUCAUGUCCCAGGAAGUCAAGACGUACUUCGAGUCAAUUGACCUGGACGUGUGGGAUGCAUGGACAUUUUUCAAGCUUUUGGAUAUGGAUGCUGGAGGUGCCGUGGAAAUCGAAGAGUUUCUGUUGGGAUGCCUGCGCCUGCGGGGCAACGCUAAAGCAAUGGACAUUGCAAAGCUUUGCCACGACCAAACGUGGCUCAUUCGAGAGCAAGCGCGUCGCCUGGCUGAUCCGUAG